UAUAGGUUAAAUCACUUGUUCUGUGUUAUAAAAAACUCUCUAAUUUGGUUCAGAAGUGAUUUAUUUAUUAAUUAUUUGAAAAGUUGAAGAGACCAUUAUGGUAUUGAAUAUUAAAGUUAAUCUAGUAAUUUUAAAGUUGGGGUUGGUGUCUCAUGUAUUGUAUCCAUUGCAUAUGCUCUCAGUCUCGCCAAAUUGUUUCCACUGCAUGACCAAGACAAUCAGAUUUCCACUGCUUAGAUCCUUCUCUUCUGCAAACUGUCACCCUCCUUAUUGCUGUGUAUCUCCCUUUCUCUCCUUAGGCCAAUUGAGAUUUUGCGGAAUCAAAGCUCAACUGAAAGAGCCUUAUCCUCUCUACAACCUUUACAAGGACAAUUUUGAUUCUCACCCAGAACUAGAAGGAGUUGGCAGGGAAAUUGUAGAAAAAUGUAAAGGAUUGCCUUUAGCUGUGAAAGUCCUUGGUGGCCUCUUGCGUGGUAAACCGUAUCAGCAGGAGUGGGAAGAUGUGUUAAACCGUGAGUUGUGCAAUCUACCCGAGGGCCAAGGUGGCAUUUCUGCAGUUCUGAAAUUGAGCUACAACCGUCUUCCUCCUCACUUGAAGGCAUGCUUCAGCUUUUGUGCAAUAUUUCCUAAGGACUAUGAAUUUGACAAAAAUGAGUUAGUUUUGUUAUGGAUGGCACAAGGUUUUUUGCAACAACCAUCACAAGGAAUGCAGCAAAUGCAUGAUCGUGGCCAUCAAUGUUUUAAUGAUUUAUUAUCAAGAUCAAUUUUUCAACCAUCAAUCAGAGAUAGAUCACAGUUUAUGAUGCAUGAUUUCAUAAGUGAUUUAGCUCAAGAAGUUGCUGGAGAAAUAUGCUGCAGUCUUGAUCAACUGAGCUUGGGUGAUAAUAAGGCUCGCCAUUUGUCAUUUACUCCUUGCCAAUAUAAUGUAUUGAAAAGAUUUGAAGUCUUGAACAAAAAGAAAACUCUGCGGACACUCCUUCGGUUGAAAGGUUACAAUCCAUAUCACUACAUGGCGAAAGAAGUUGUAGUUGGUAUAUUGCCACAAUUGAUGUGCUUAAGGGUGUUAUCUCUUGGUGGGGUACAGGAGCUACCAAAUUCAAUCGGAGAUUUGAAGCAUCUACGAUUCAUUGACCUGUCUUAUUCAUCAAUUCAAAGUUUGCCUGAGUCAGUGGGUUCCUUGCUUUUCUUACAAACAUUGAUAUUGCAUGGCUGUGGAGGGCUUACCAGGUUACCUGCAACAAUUGGGAAUCUAAUUGACCUCCAUUAUCUCGACAUUACUAAUACACCGUCUCUAACCGAGAUUCCGUUGGAGGUAGCUAAAUUGAAAAGUCUUGUGUUACUGCCCAAGUUUAUUCUGGGGAAAGCUGAUUCUGGAUUAAGAUUGAAAGAAUUGAAGAACUUGACAGGCCUUCAAGGUCGACUUUCCAUUUCAAAUCUCCAUAAUCUUUUAGAUAUCGAAGAUGCCAAGGAUGUCAAGCUGUAUAACAUGAAAUUGGAUGAUUUAUCCUUGGAGUGGGCUUCUGUUUGUUCUGCUUCGCUGAGUAAAGUGAAAGACUUCCAAACCCUUGAAUGCUUAAAACCUGGUCAAAGAUUGGAAAGGUUGACGAUCAAUUGCUACGGUGGGGAAGAAUUCCCGUCCUGGAUAGGUGAUCCAUCCUUUUCACAGUUAAAGUUCUUGGAGCUUCGUGAUUGUCAAAAUUGUACAUCAUUACCAUCACUUGGGCAAUUACCCCAGCUCAAAGAAUUGAUCAUUAAAGGAAGCAAGGCUGCAACUCUGACUGGGGAUAGUGACAAAUUUUCCUUCGGUGAUUGUUUUCUAUCAUUAGAGAAGCUGGUGUUGGAGGACUGUUGCUUGUUGGGAAAAUUACCAAAAGAACUUCCAUCUCUUAAAGAGCUUUUGAUUGUAAGAUGCCCACAGUUAACGUACUCACCGGUGAGCCUUCCCUCACUUCAAAAUUUGUCUAUUAAAGAAUGUAGUGAGGUAGUUUUGAGGAGUAUAGUUGAUCUCACUUCCCUUACCUGCUUGGAAAUUUUCAAAAUUUCGAGUCUGGCUUUUUUGCCUAAGAAGUUUUUAGAGUUAAUGAUAGUACUUGAAGAAAUGUGUAUCGAUAGUUGUGAGGAACUUACUUGUUUGUGGGAGGAAGGAGCAAAUAUUGCAAACCUUGCACAUCUUAGGCGGUUGUCAAUCAGAAGGUGUCCUCUGCUUACGUCAGUGACAGUGGAACUCAAAAGUCUUGUACAAUUAUCUAUUUGGGAUUGUCCUGAUUUCAAAUUGUUUCUAAGUGGUCAAUUGCCUGCCACACUUAAAAAUUUGAAAAUUCGGUGGUGUGAAAAUCUAGAAUCUCUACCGGAGGGAUUGAUGGAUGAUAAUAAUGGAGAUAACAUGCUGCAGCUUGAAGAAUUAUCUCUAGGGGAGAUUGCAACUCGGAAUUUAUUUCCAAGCGGCUUGCUUCCUUUGGAUCACAUGUCUAGCCUCAGCACUCUCACUUAUUUUUAUAUAAAUCGAGUUGAAGGUUUGGAGUCAUUCCCAGAAAGUGGUCUGGGCAUGCCUAAUCUUAAAUUUCUGAGUAUUUCUGAUUGUAAGAAUCUCAGGUCCCUGCCCAAUAGAAUGCACAACCUUACAUCUCUCCAAUCAUUAAGUAUAUUCUGGUGCCAGAGGAUCGAGUCCAUUCCAGAAGGUGGUUUUCCCACAAGCCUAACAUCCCUUUCCAUUACUUGUGAGAAUUUGAAACAGCCAAUGAAAGAAUGGGGGCUCCACAGGCUUACCUCUCUUGAAAGGUUCCAUAUAGGUUGGAUAUGCCCUCCAGGUGAUUUGCUUCCUCCAUCUCUAAUCAUUUUUUGGAUAUAUCAGGUAAAAAAUCUGAGAUCGCUAUCUAGAGAGCUCCUCCAAAACCUCAACUCUCUUCAAGAACUAUACAUUGAUGACUGUUCGGAGCUCCAGUUCUUACCGAAGGAAGGUCUGCCUUCCUCGCUUGGGCGUCUCCGGAUCCACAACUGUCCACGGCUAGCACAACGGUUAAAGGAGAAGCAAGACUAUCGGCGCCUCAUAGCCCACAUCCCCUGUGUCAAGAUAGAUUGAAAUUAGGUACAACAACGCCCUUCUCAGAAUUAAUUUAGGAAUUUAUUAGCUUAUUACCAUGUUCGUCGAACUUGCCUUUUACUAAUUAAUGUAUUAAUUUUUUUUUUUUUAAGGUGGUCGAGCAACAGCAGAAGGACACAGAUUUCCUCUGUACAUUGAUGACUUUUGUGCUUUGUGGUAGGCAGACAUCCCUUCAAAUUUAUAAACUAUUGAAGUUAUAUAAAAGGAGGAAUAUGUAGCUGCAAGGAUGAUGUAUGUUUCUAUCUUUCAUUUUGAAGAAAUUUUUUUUUUAAUU